CAGAGAGCGUUGAUUUAGAGGGUCUCUCUAUCGGGUGGUAAGGCUCAUCACCGGACUGACGAGGGGACGUAGCUGUUGGUGGAAGAAAGCCCCGCUUUUAUCCAUUCACCACUGGAUACCUAACUCGCCCUGGGGUUGGAUUAAACUUUAAUCACAUCUUUUUAGUUUUUCUUUUUACUUUGCUUUUUCCCGCAACUCGCCGAAGACAAUGGGAUCCCAGUCAUCCAAGGGAGAGGUGGCGGCGGAGGCAAACGCCACCGCCGCGGAUGCUGCAGCUGUCAAAACCAACGGACAGGAGAAUGGACACGUGAAAACCAACGGAGAUGUCUCCUCAAAGCCUGACGGGGAUGCUGCAACCAAUGGCUCAGCCGAGGCAGCCAAGGAGCCCGAAGCUGGGGCGGAAGGAGACGCUAUCGAGCCCGCACCUGCUGCAGAUGGAGAGGCUGCCAAGCCUCAGGGUGAGGGCACAACCAAGGAAACCCCCAAGAAGAAGAAGAAGAAGUUCUCCCUGAAGAAGUCCUUUAACUUCAAACUGAACCUGAAGAAGAGCAAGAAAAGCGAGGCUGUGAAGGAGGAGGCAGCGGCAGCAGCAGCUGCUGCCCCUCCUGAGGAGAAGCCAGCUGAAAAUGGAGCUGCUGCUCCUGCGGAGGAGAAGGAGGAAGUGAAAGAAGAGGCUGCUGCCGCUACUGCGGCUGAGGCUCCAAAGGCCGAGGAGGGGGCAGUUAAGGAGGAGGCACCCAAGGAGGAGGCCAAGGAGGCAGCUGCUCCAGUCCCCGAGGCCACCAAACCAACAGAGGAGAGCAACUCAACCCCUGCUCCGUCUGAAAAGAAAGAGUGAUUGUACCGUUAGCUCACAAUGAACUGUGGUGAACUGUUUUUCAGAAGAGAGAAAAUCUAAGAGUAUAUAUAUAUAUAUUUAUAUAUAUGUGUAUAUGUAUACAUAUGUAUAUGCAUAUAUGUAUAUGUAAAUAUAUACACAUGUAUGUGAAAGACUCUUUUGACGUGCCACUUUUCGUCAUGAUAACAAGAUGACAGACUAGAUUCACUAGAUCACUUCCCCGGUUACUGCUCGACAUCCGGACGUGGGCUGAGUUUUUGGCAGGGGGUCGGUCGCUAUGUGGAAAAGGGAUUUACCAGGCUGGAACGCCGGCCACCGACACCAUGAAGUAGAGCUGGACAGACGGAGGAAGGGAGGGAAGGAGAUGGAGCUGAAGGAUCUUUUCCUUAAAAAAACCUACAAAUCAAGAUGCCUUCUUGCUGAAGGAUCGACGCUAGAAGAGAUCCCAGGACACCACCACUUGAAAUGACUGUUAAAUAAUUAAAAAAUAAACAAACAAAAUCAGAAAACUAAAAGACUCUUUCAACUUUUUACAUUCCUAUAUAUUUUAACCCAAAUUUGAAGUAUUUUGUGGUGUAUUAUAGAGAACCAUCUUAAAGAGAAGCUAUGUCUCGUUUGUUAAAAGAAAAGACGACUUUGAUUUUUACCUUACUAUGAAAACUAAAACACUUAAGCUUGCUAUGUUCACUGUUGCGGUUUGAUAUGAAGCAGAGUUGUUUAUCUGUCGUGUGUGAGCCUGAAUCUGCUUUGUCUCUGUAAAUACAUUGGAUUGAUUUCUGUUCUUUAUUUUGCUAAUGUUGACAGAUGUUACUGGUAUAUUGUAAAGUUGAUAAUAGUAAAUAAAUGUUGGUUACCUGCC